AUGGCGACGAUAAAUCAGUUGUCCGAUGCGCUGCUCUUGAGAAUUUUGUCUUUCCUGCAUGCGAAAGAUGUUGUGGCCACGAUGGUUUUGUCCAAGAGAUGGCGUUUUCUUUGGAUGUCUGCACCAAAACUUAUAUACGAUGAUAGCUAUCAUAAUAUUGAGUAUGGGAGAUUUUCAUUUUCGCGGUUUGUUGACAGGUCUUUGUUUAUGAACGAGGCUCCAAUUAUAGAAACUUUGCACUUUAAAGUUGGUCAAAUCUGUGGAAGCAAAGAUCUUCGGAUGUGGAUUAGGGCUGCAGAUAAAGGUUGUGUGCGCGAGCUGGUUAUUGAGAUCGAUAACAAAACGCCAGUCACACUUCCGAGAAGCUUGUAUUCAAGUUGUAGAAUGCUUGUGACCUUGAAGCUAAGAAACGCAGUUCUUGUUGAUGAUACCAAUCCAAUCUCUUUCCCGUCCCUAAAGAAACUGAGUCUUGAAUCCAUGAAGUACCCAUGUGAUGAAUUUGCCAACAGGAUUUUAUCCAGUUGUCCUAUUCUUGAAGACUUGGUUGUGGAGCAAUGUCCUGAUGACAAUGUAGCUAUUCUAAGCAUUAGAAUACCUUCCCUGAAACAUUUAUUUUUGCAUAAAUCAGAUCUUAUAGUUAAAGAGGAUACUCAUGGGUUUGUGAUAGAUGCUCCUUGUUUAGAGUGCUUGGACAUUGUUGAUUAUUCGCAUGGUUUUCGCAUCAUUGAGAAUAAUAUGUGCAAGAUUGGGAAAGCAAAUGUUGACAUUUCUCAUCCCCAUACUGAGCAGCUUUUGGGCUCUCUAACUUCAGCCAAGCGUCUUUUCCUCUGCUUACCAACCUCUAAGGAUGCAUAUCCUGUUGGUAGUCUCUUCAGUUCUCUUGCAUACUUAAAGUUAUGCACUUGUGAGACAGAGUGGUUGAAUAUACUUAUAUGUGUGCUCAGAGAUUCCCCAAAUUUACGAGCUCUUGAACUCAGCCAGUACCAUCCCCUCCGGACUGAAGAACCGCGGCCGUGCUGGAAUGAACCAAGCUCAGUACCUGAAUGUAUUUUAUACAGUCUUGAGAGCUUUAAAUGGGUAAACUAUCAAGGAACAAAAGAAGAAAAAGAACUAGUGGGAUUUAUCUUCAGAAACGGUACCUGUUUGAAGAAGGCAACUAUUAUCUCCCCUAACUCUAUGGACGGUGACAAGAAACUUGAGAUGCUCACGGAGUUGUCUUUGUCAUCCCGGCGUUCACCCAUCUGUCAGCUUGAGUUCAGCUGA